UGCUGCUUUUCACCGUCUGUAAAGAUCAAGAAAACGCAUUUCACAUGCAACAUGGACGCUCAUUUAAACGAUCAACUGCAUGAAAAUGGCUUUAACUUCAAAAGGUCACUGGAGCGAAUCAUUGACAAGUAUUCAAAGCUUCAGUACCAAGACGGGGGGUAUGAGGUGGACCUGGACAAUACAAAAACCCUAACUCUUGGACAAUACAUGAUGCUGUCAAAACAAGAACUGAACAAGCUGGAUUCAAAGAGCCUGAGAGAUCUGAGAGAGGAGUCAUUGAGAGUGCAGGACAUUACAAGGAACUCUCAGUUGGACGUCACGCAACAAGAUGGCGAAGCUGAUGAGACUUGUGUAUCCUCUGGCCAACAUUCUGGGGAUGAUUCCGGGAUGUCUAGAAGUGACACGACCCAGCUGACUGUGAGCCCUUUGGAUGAGAGUCAGAGAAACGUCUCUGAAACCGAGCUCCAGCCUGAGGAUCAAGACGAGGAACUGGAAAUGACUCUGAGAAGUCACGGUAGCUCCUUUGUGGAGCUGUACCCCAGCAUGAUCAGUCGAAUAAACAGGGCCCGGCACCGGCAGAACGUCUCUGAGGCCGCCGACUCUGUGCUGAGGAGGUACCGCAGGUGGCGGCAGCAGUCGAGCAGGAGCAGUCUCAACAGCACCUUCAACAACACCUUCAUUGUGACACUGAGGAACACCAACAGCAACCCAAGAAAGAUGACCAGCAAGAUGCUGCACACGGAGAACUUCAACCCAAAGAAAAGGCUGUUCACGAGGGUUGAAUCUGUCCCUCGCUCGAUCAAUCUGCAAGCGCAGCAGCCAUCUCCUGAGAGAGGGAGGGGCUCGCUGAGAAGAGAGCAGCACCAGUCGAUCCUCGUCAUGGACCUCUCCGGUGCCCCUGACACCUCUCAACUCAAAGAGAACUCGUUGAAUGAGACCUUCACUGUGUCUGAACUGUCCCUGCUGGGAGAACAGCCCUGCACUUACACCGCCAGUCCUUCACGAUCUUACUACCCUGCUGCGAAAGCGUCCUCGGACCUGUCUCUCAGGUCUAGAAGGCUUUCUCUCUCGGCUCACUCGGAGCAGGCUGCUGGUUGCUCCAUGUAUGCGUCAGAAAUCAGCGCAGUUAAAGAAAGAGCUGAUAAUUACGGCUCCCCGGUCCGGCAGAGUCCCUUAAAGGCAAGGAUGAUGACCAGCCUCAAAACACCACCUCACGGCUUUUUUAGAAGCUUCAGAGAAUUUUCUGUAGAAAGCUUUUCCAGAGAUUCUCCGAGGCCCAGAUCAACGUCCACCUCUCUGUCCUCUCCUCCACGGAGGCCCUCUGUGCCGCUGAGGCUGCUUUGCCCUCAGGACUCACACCUCUCCCUCCAGCCACGGCCGCCUUCACCUCAGCCGGCCGCGGCAGCAGGUCGUCUCAGGCUCCGGCGGCACCUUUCCUUCGACUCCUCGCAGCCUUCGAUCUCUGUCUCCUACUCACCGAAGAAGCUUGACGAGGACUUUCUGAAACUCUACCACAAGUUCGUCUGCCAGAACAAAUCCUCUUUCUUCAACAGCCAACCCUGCCGUCUCUGCGCUAGAAGCUCUGAGGCCAGCAGAGGCCCCACCUCCUCAGCUUUGGCAGCCCUCGCCUUGUCGCCUCACCGCUCCGUCCUGAGGAAACGCCACAGGGAGUUUGGCUGGGGAGGUAAUCCGCAGUCCAAACGCUCCAGGGACGAGAGCUGCACAUCCUCCCCAGGGUCCAAACGCCACGGGAAUGAGAUGCUGCGGCGCCGUCUCUCUCUGGCUAAGCUGUCUCAUGAUGACCUCCCCUACAGCUCCAGUAAACACAGCGUGUUUCACAAAUCCAGCUCGCAGCAGCAGCAGCAGCGUUCUGCAGACGCACAUCAGGAAGUCGGGAUGAGACAAGGAUGGCCCGUAUCUGCAGCGGAGUUCUCCGGCCUGGCGUUCCUGCGUUCUCUGAAUCCUCCUCUCCCCUCCCCCCAACAUGUGCAGAAAAUGGUGAGCAUGGAUUACACCCAUCGACGAACAUCCUGCCCUCAGAGGUUUAACAACAGGAGCCAGGAUGGAAAAUGAUUCAUAUUUUGUCACGUAACAAAUAUCAGAGGAUCAUGUAGCAGUGUGAUGGUUCCAGUCCAAAGACUGGUGAAAGUGGAAACUGAAGUUCAUCAGGUGACACAGCAGGUGAUCUCUGUUGCUUCAGUCUGAGGAGCUCAGGAAAUUCUUUUUACUAAACCUGUGUUGAGACGUUAAAGUGCUCAUUGUUUUCCAUCUUCGUGUCUGUUUUUAAAAAGAUUUUACUCUUAAAAUCACUGAUUCGUUUGAAUGACGUCGUUCGUCCUGUUGUUUGUUCUGUUACUUAAUUUUAUACUUUU